UUUUUCCGCCUCCCUCCAAAAGAGAUAAUAAUAUUUAGAGCCGCUUGCUGGGGCUGAAUGAGAAUCAGUCCUAGGCGCAGCCCAUCAUUAAGACGGGACAGCCAGGCCACUGUGACAAUUUUUUAGAAAGCUGAGAUGAUGGAAAGAAUAAGAAAAGAGAUGAUUCUGAUGGAGAGAGGGCUCCAUAGCCCUACUGCCGCCAAGAGGUUCUCCAAUUUGUCGGAUUCGGCUGGCAGUGCUGUGCUGGAGGCCUUGGAAAAUUCGCAGCACCCGGCUCGCCUCAGUCCGCGCCUGCCGUCCGCUCCCCUGCACGGCGCCCUGGGAGACCUCCCCGCCAAGGGCAAAUUCGAAAUAGACACUUUGUUCAACCUGCAGCACCCGGGCAGCGAAAGCACCGUCUCCUCCGAAAUCGCCUCCGCCACCGAGAGCCGCAAGAAGCCUGGUCAUUACUCAGAGGCGGCCGCCGAGGCCGACAUGAGCAGCGACGUGGAGGUGGGCUGCUCGACACUGCGCUCCCCCAGCGGCCUGGGCGCCGCGCCGCUCAAGGAAAACAAUGCUAAAGGGUACUCGGAGAGCGGCUCGGUCGCGGGCGCCACGACGUCGGCCUCGGGCUCGGGCCUCGGCAGUCUGCAUGGAGGCGGCGGCGGCGGCGGCGGCGGCGGCAACGGCGGGGGUGCGGCGUUGGGCGGCUCCGGCUCCGGCUCCGGCGCCGAUCAGGUGCGGCGAUACCGUACGGCGUUCACCCGUGAACAGAUCGCGCGCCUGGAGAAGGAGUUCUAUCGGGAGAAUUACGUGUCUCGGCCCCGCCGCUGCGAGCUGGCCGCAGCGCUCAACCUGCCCGAAACCACCAUCAAGGUGUGGUUCCAGAACCGGCGCAUGAAGGACAAACGGCAGCGCCUGGCCAUGUCGUGGCCGCAUCCCGCGGACCCCAGCUUCUACACCUACAUGAUGACGCACGCGGCGGCCACCGGAAGCCUACCCUACCCUUUCCACUCGCACGUGCCGCUGCACUACUACCCGCACGUGGGCGUCACCGCGGCCGCAGCCGCCGCGGCCGCCUCGGGAGCGGCGGCGGCGGCCUCGUCGCCCUUCGCCACUUCCAUCCGUCCUCUGGACACCUUCCGCGCGCUCUCGCAUCCUUACUCGCGGCCCGAGCUGCUCUGCAGCUUCCGCCACCCCGGGCUCUACCAGGCGCCGGCGGCCGCCGCGGGACUCAACAGCGCGGCGUCGGCUGCGGCGGCGGCGGCGGCUGCAGCGGCAGCGGCCUCCUCGGCGGCGGCGGCCGGGGCGCCCCCCAGCGGCAGCUCGGCGCCCUGCUCGUGCCUCAGUUGCCACAGCAGCCAGUCUGCAGCCGCCGCCGCCGCCGCUGCAGCGGCCGCGUUGGGUUCCCGGGGCGCCGGGGGCGCCGGGGGUGGCGGCGGCGGGGGAGCCGCGACGGCGGGCGGCUCGGACUUUGGCUGCAGCGCCGCGGCGCCGCGCUCCGAGAGCGGCUUCUUGCCCUACUCGGCCGCGGUGCUCAGCAAGACCGCCGUCAGCCCGCCCGACCAGCGGGACGAGGCGCCGCUCACCAGAUAACUACGCCGCCGCCAGGGGCCGCGCCUGCCUCUCGGCGUGCGUCCCCUCGGGGCAUCCCUCCUCGCUUGGCCCUCGGCUACCGCUGCCGCUAGGGGGCGCCCCGGGGCACCGGAGGGCGAAAGACAUCUGCCCGAGUUGGGGGGGAGGGGGAAGGAGCCCGCGCGAAGGCCUGGAGGGGUCCCCCCCCAAAUGAUCUCUAUUUUUGUAUCUCCAACCUAGCUGUUCCCCACCCUCAACCCUACGCCUUCUAAUCGUGGCUCCCGCUUUGUAGGCCCGGAUUUCCGUCCGUCUGGAGGCCUUGGUCUCCGGGAAGACAAACUCCCCAAGGCCAGUCACACUCCAGGGUGACCAGUCCCGGCUGAUCACCCACCGGGCCCGAGUCGCAGUGGCUAGAAGCCAUGGGACAAAGCCGUGACAAAGGGAGAGAGAUUGUGUGUGCUAGUCCUGAGCGAGGGAGCGUUACCCCCGAGAUUCAUGCUGCUGCUCUUUUUCUUGUCUUUAAACGAGGGGGAGAAGGAAAGGCAGGUUUUCUCAGUCUCAGCUUGCUAAGGGGCCUUUGUCCGAGGGGAGCAGGAGGAUGAAGUGUGAGAAGCCACAAGGCAGACGGAGAGUGCAUGAUAUCUUUCACAGCGCUGCAGGGCUGCUGCGGUCUUCUCCAAAAGGACAAAGCCCAGGUGGGAAAGGGUGGCGGCCGACCGCGCUUCCUUCUUCUCUCCAGUCCACUACAGUUCCCUUUAGCCUUUGGUUUCAGUGCUUAGGAAACGGAACGGCUCUUUCUUUGCAUAUUUUAUGUAAAAUGUAAUGGGUAACGAGGUUGCCACAGCCAGGCCAGGGAAGGAAAGGGAAACCCAGAGAAGGUGAGGGCCAGCCUGACAGAUCAUUGUAGUUUAUGAAGAGGCAUUUUCAUCUCAGUUUUCCAACUGUCGAGUCUCACUCGAUCUGGGAAAUACUUGAAUCUCUAGAUAAAUGGUAAUAUCCUAAGACGUUCCUUAGACACUUUUAUGAGUUCGAACUCUGUAUUCCUCUCGACCCCUCUCUCCUUGUUUUCCUUUUUCUCGGGUAAAAUGGUUCUUGGCAUAUUUCUCACGCAUGUCUAUUGCCUUCUUCUCUGCAAAAGCCACCGCUGGGUUGCUGAAAUCUGUUCUGCCAACCCUGGCUACAGGGGGGUUUCCUUGAACUUGAAGAAAGGUACAUCAAAACCCACCAGUGUUAACUGCCACGUCAAUUUUGAUGCUAAUAAUGUGCAGAUUAUGACGAAAAUUGCCAAUCAUGCUCUCUGAUGGACCUCCUUUGAAUGUGGAAUUGGAGAAAAGUUCCCCGCACGGAGACCUGCUGUCAAGUACUAACAACCCGCUAAGGGAAGUCAUUAGGAGAGACGGAUAAGAGACUCGGUACAUAAAACAUUGUUCUUGGUGCAUAGAAUGUAUGCUAUUUAAUGUUGUCUCUGUUACCUGAAGUGAUUUCGCAGAAGAAAGCCACGUUCUUAUCAUCUCAAUUGCCAAUUUUCAUUUUGGUAACUUGGACGCCCUGGGUAGACUUUUCUCUGUUAAGUUGAUAUUCCACCAAUGUGAACAGCCUCAUUAAAUCAAGCCCAGAUAUUUCCAUAAUGCUCCCCGCAGAGCCACUUCGCUCCCCACGUAAUGAGAUUUUCUGAAGAGUUGAAGCCCUAAAAUAACUUGCAUGUUUAGGCCCAGCAAAGUGGGUAUAUGUGUGUAUGCAACCUGCGUGUGUAUGUGCAUAUAUAUGUAUGCAUAUGCAUAUAUAUAUUCGUGCUCUUAAAUACAUAUAUAAGAGAUACACACAUCCAUAUAUACACAUUGGCGCAUUUUAUGUGAUUUAUUUCAAAUUUGUUUCCUGGCAUAUUGUUGUUAUUUUUAAAGACACUGGAUUUUAAAAUUUCAAUUCCUGAGGAUAGAUUUUUUCAUUAUAUGUUGAAAUAAAUAAUUUUUUCAGGAAAAAUUAUUUUUAUCAAGUGGAAAAGAUUUCAAGGGGAAGCAGUAUUUCAAAACUCCUGUUAUCUAUUAUGAUAUUUCCAUAAAAUAUUAGAGAACUUCCCAAGGAAAUAACAAUGAUCUAAAACUCAACUUCUUUUUUUCUAAAGAGAUGAGACUACUUAUGUAAAAUAAUGAUUAUACCAGCUCGUAUUCACUAAGUUUACAUUGAAAAUAUUAAUAUAUAAUUUAAGACUAAAUAAAAUAAACCAAAAGAUGGUACCCUUUUAUCAGCUUUACCUUUCUAGAUUGUUAAAGCUCUUUGUUAUGGCCAGCUAUCAGAUGUACAUAAGGUACUUUAGGCAAUAAUGUUUACAUUCCCCUCCCAAAUAUAUAUGAUUGAUGAGAACGCUGGUUGGUAAAAUGAACAUAAAUUCAUCUUAUGUUAGGUUCAUUGGAUCUGGCUAGUAUAAUAAGAUAAAACUGUAAAUAAAGUCUUAGUGCUUUAAAUAUUGCUGGCUGUAUGAACUCACUGUAAGAUAUUUUACAAAUGUGCAAUAAUUAUAAAGCUUUGUAUAUUACGUUAUUUAUUGUGUUUGGUCAUGUAAAAUAAAUGUUAUUUAAAUCA